AUGGUAACACACACUGGAGAAGGACCCUAUAAAUGUAAGGAAUGUGGGAAAGACUUUAGUUGUUCCGCUUCAUUUCAAGCCCAUGAAAGAACUCACACUGGAGAGAAGCUCUUCAUAUGUAAACAGUGUGGUAAAUCCCUCAAGUCUCCUCUAGGCUUGCAAAUCCAUGAAAGAAACCACACUGAAGAAAAACCCUAUGAAUGUAAGCAGUGUGGUAAAGCCCUCAGCUGUCCUAGUUCCUUUCAGAGACAUGAAACGACUCAUGCUGGAGAGAAGCCAUAUGAAUGUAAACAGUGUGGUAAAACUUUCAGUUGGCCCAGUUCCUUUCGAAUACAUGAAAGAACUUAUACUGGGGAGAAACCCUAUGAAUGUACAGAAUGUGGGAAAACCUUCAUUUAUCACACAACCUUUCAAGGACACAUGAGAAAGCAUACUGGAGAGAAAUCCUAUAAAUACGGACCUUAUAAGUGUAAGGAAUGUGGGAAAGCAUUCCGUUUUCCCAGUUCUUUUCAAAUUCAUCAGAGAACUCACACAGGCGAGAAACCCUAUGAAUAUAAACAAUGUGGCAGAGCGCAACAAAAGCUCCACCUGAGGCGGGGAACCACAAGUGAGACGCGACCCCAGCGCAUCCACGAGGAGGAACAAUGUCCACGCCAGGCAGAGAGUGCCCCCACGCACCUGCCCUUGAUGCGCUCCCUAGAGGACCCUUCGAAAGGACGCUCCCUCCCCACCACCAUCACGCUGCCCCCAUGGUUACAGAAGUGCUGCCUGCGCCCCGGAGGCGUGGUGACGCGGGGUGACCCAGCAGGAUCCCCGGGUGCGGCCGGCAGGUCCAGGAGGUCCAGGUUCCAGCGCUUCCGGCCGCCGGGGAUCACCUGGGCCGCCCCCGGCGGCCGCGUCCUUUAA